AUGCUCCGGGGUUGGACCUCUCUCAAGCGGCGCCUUGGGCGCAGUCCUGUUCUGUCGGAGCCCUCCAGCGAGGGCACGCUACAAACCGCCCAUACAACCAUUACAAGCAGCGAUGACAAGGUGGCGACUUGGAUGAAAGUCCAAGAGGACGGCUUCUCCCAAUACUCAUCAUCCAUCUACAGUCAGGAGGAAAGCCAAAGUCCCGAUGGAAGCCCCGGGAAGACAUCAAUGCAGCGACCUCUCUCGCCAGUUGCGCCGCUGUUUAGUUCCUCUCCCAGCGGAAAAUCUCCAAUGGCCCCUCCCCGUCGCCACUCGCACCCUUAUAAAGUCAGCAGCGAUGACUGGGUUGUCUCUUCGGAGGCCUUGGCUACCUCGGGCAUGGCCUCGGAGGUCAUGGGGAUGGGUGAUUUGAACACGCUGCAAAUCGAAGCCCACAUGAAGGGCGCUCUCAAGGUCUUUGUCAACAUCUACACCUUGGCAAAGAUAUUGCAUGUCGCGUUUCUUGCCUACGGGGCAGAGAUCGGGAGCAGCAAAACUGGACUCCUGUAUUGGAUCAAACGCGCGGAAGCGGGAAUCCGAACUGGCUCGCUAUCCAACCUGAUCGAAAUCGUGGAGAACCUGUUCUACGCCCUGUACGCACGAGUUGUCCUUGAGAUGGCAGCAGUCGAACUCUGCAUGCAAUUCAAAAUGGAACCUCGCCCACGUCCAGAGUGUGGCAAGUUUUAUCUCCCCGAGCCGGAUCACAUGUACCGCAUCUUUCUAGCGGUCAAAGACGUCCUCGACGCGCCCACCAUAUGCGAGAGGCUUUAUGAAUUCGUCGUGAACGCAUACCAAGAAAGCCACCUCUGCCACCUUGUCGACCAGAAAGUCGGCACAGAAUUCAACCUGGAUGACCCAAUAGGUUACCGCCGAUAUGUGCUGGAAAUAUUAAACGAGAGGAACAGCCAGUUCAACCAGAAAUGGGGUACUCUACUGCCCUACUUUCGCAAUCUUCCAGCAGAGUUGGUGAUCGAGAUCUCGGAGAAGUACUGCACGGUCGAGCCCAAGUUGCAACUCGAGAGCGACAUACCUACCGACAAAUUGCCAUUCGUUGAUCUGAAAAUUGCGCACUUCAGCAUGUGGGCGAAAGACCACACAGAGGACUGUCGACAGGCCUCUCUAGGCAGUUUGGAAGGUAAAAUGUUGGGAGAAAUGCGCCGCGACGCUGGCAAGCCGCUCCUGCCACUGGUGCAGCAGCACAAAUGUCUGCGCAUGAUGCUGGCCGGUAAUCGCAAAGGCCCUGGCGAAAUCGACUUCACAACGCGGGCAAACAGCCUCGCGCGAGUCUCCUUCGAAAGACUCGCAAUUCUGAAACGGAACAUCCGUGAUGGUCAGCUUAUGAGCCAGUUAGCCGAGGUGAUGGAGGGAUUCGAGCUGGAGAUUUUGAAGGAGCGCUCGUCGGGGUUGAGCAGUUCCUGGAUUUGA